AUGCAGCUGGUGCAGUUGGCCAACUUUGUGCUGGACAAUCUCGUGCAGUCGCGAAUCGGAUUCAUUGUUUUCUUUCAUUGUUGGCAGCGGGAUGAAAGUCUUCAGUUUGCUCAGCAGUUCAUCAAACCCAUCCAUCCCCUCCUUUUCUAUCAUCAGUUUGUUCAAAUGAAGGGAGUUCAAAAUUGGUCACAUUUAGAGCUAAAUUACAUGGGUCAUUUGCAACCCACUCUGGGCAUCUAUGUGGAUAUAAAGUGCGAUCAGGCCCAGGAAUUGUUAGAGGAGGCUAGUCGAGCCCAGCUGUACAAUCAGCAUUACCAUUGGCUUUUGCAUGGCAACCAGUCUGUUUUGGACUUUUAUGAUUUAUUUUCCCCAUUUAACCUAUCUAUUGAUGCGGAUGUCAGUUAUGUGAAGGAGGAAAGCCAGGAAAACAACUCUUCGGUUGUCUUUGCCGUCUAUGAUGUCUACAACAAUGGUAAAAUCAUUGGCGGUCAGCUGAAUAUGACUGGAUCCCAUGAAAUGGCUUGUGACCCCAAUGAGUGUCAGAGGAUUCGAUAUUUGAGUACCUUGCAACAGCGUUCUAAAUAUGGAAACAGAGAACAGCUAACUGAUGUUGUCCUAAGGGUGGCCACGGUGGUCACUCAACGUCCACUAACAUUGUCGGAUGACGAACUUAUAAGUUUUUUGAGCCAGGAGAACGACACCCACAUUGAUUCACUGGUCAGAUUCGGAUUCCACCUGACUCUAAUCCUAAGAGAUCAGCUACACUGCAAGAUGAAGUUCAUCUUCUCGGAUAGCUGGAGUAAAUCCGAUGUGGUGGGUGGUUCAGUGGGUGCCAUCGUGGAUCAGACGGCGGACAUCACGGCCACGCCUUCUUUGGCCACCGAAGGCAGGCUCAAGUAUCUGUCCGCCAUUAUUGAGACGGGCUUCUUCCGAUCGGUGUGCAUUUUCCGGACUCCUCACAAUGCUGGUUUACGGGGAGACGUGUUCCUCCAGCCCUUUAGUCCAUUGGUAUGGUAUCUCUUUGGCGGCGUACUCUCCUUAAUCGGUAUCCUUCUGUGGAUCACCUUUUAUAUGGAAUGCAAGCGGAUGCGAAAACGCUGGCGAUUGGAUUACCUGCCCUCGCUGCUGAGUACCUUCCUGAUCAGCUUUGGAGCUGCUUGUAUCCAGAGUUCGUCCUUGAUUCCACGUUCCGCUGGAGGCAGACUUAUAUACUUCGCCCUGUUUCUGAUCAGCUUUAUCAUGUAUAACUACUACACUUCGGUGGUGGUCUCGUCGCUGCUCAGUUCACCCGUUAAGUCAAAGAUCAAGACAAUGCAGCAGCUGGCGGAAAGUCCACUGACCGUUGGGUUGGAGCCACUACCCUUCACCAAGAGCUAUUUAAAUUACUCGAGACUUCCUGAGAUCCAUUUGUUUAUAAAGCGAAAGAUCGAAACGCAGGCACAGAAUCCAGAGCUUUGGUUGCCCGCUGAACAGGGUGUUUUAAGGGUAAGGGAUAAUCCGGGAUAUGUCUUCGUGUUCGAGACCUCUUCUGGAUAUGCCUAUGUGGAGCGUUACUUUACAGCCCAACAGAUUUGCGAUUUGAAUGAGGUUUUAUUCAGACCCGAACAAUUAUUCUAUACGCACUUGCAUCGCAACUCUACGUACAAGGAGCUCUUCAGACUUCGACUUCUUAGAGUCCUGGAAACUGGCGUCUAUCGAAAGCAGCGCAGCUACUGGGUCCACAUGAAGCUCCAUUGCGUGGCCCAGAAUUUCGUGAUUACGGUGGGCAUGGAGUACGUGGCUCCUCUGCUCCUCAUGCUGAUCUGUGCAGAUAUCCUGGUGGUGAUCAUCCUUCUAGUGGAACUGGCCUGGAAGCGCUUUUUCACCCGACACACCAUUCAAUCGUAG